UAAACAGAGGAGAGUGAAACACUCAGAGAAAGAGAAGCUAUACUAUAGAGCUUGACAAAUGGAACUAUAAAUGGGAAUAUACACAACAGCAAAGAAAUUAGCCCUAGAAGACAUAAGAGACAUCCAAAUUAUAUCCAUUUGGUUUUACAAAUGACAGCGUGCUAGACGAUAUUGUCUUCUAUAACUUUACUUGCAUUUUGAACUGGAAUUCUUACUACCAGUGAAUUCAAUCUGUAUCAAAGAGCAUAUCAAUCAAGAUGAUGCUUGGACAAUGUUGGUGUCAAAAUUAUUGCCCUGCUGUAUUCAUAAUUUUGUUCCUGUCAUGGGAAGGUCUUAACGGGGAGCUACUUCCGGGUUUCAGCAUACAGGUGACUAAAGAACUUACAGUGCAGCGUGGGCUUUGUGUGUACAUUCCCUGCAGAUUUACAUAUGAAACACAACAUGGAAAUUUAGUAUCAGCAGAUUCCAAGAUGAUCUGGAAAAUCAAUGGCAAGGUUUAUUUGUCUUCUAAACCUGUUCUACUAAAUUCACUGGAUAAAAAAAUUAAGCAAGGAGACUGCUCCUUUAAAAUCAGUAAUGUAAGCAUGGAAAAUCAGGGGAAUUAUUAUUUUAGGAUUGAAGGAACAGAUAAAUUACAAUGGAACUAUGAAGAUAUCAAACCCUACGUUUCAGUGAAAGAGCUUACAGAUAAACCUCAAAUAUCCUCUGAUGAAACCCUGAUUGCUAGUAAAGAGGUGACACUGACAUGUACAGCUCCAGGGAGAUGUGCUGGGACUGCCCCAAUCAUCACAUGGGAAGGAAAUUUAAGUAACAGAACAGUCGCUUAUAACAUGACGUAUACAGAUGGUAACAGCACCUACUACUCAAACAUAACAUUCACUCCUUCAUAUAAAGAUAACUCUACAUCUCUUAAAUGUAAAGUCACCUACCAAUCCCCUGGAUUCCCGACCACCAGCGAUAAAAUGACUCUAAAUGUUGAAUAUCCUCCCCUGGUGAAUAUUCAAAUAGAAGGUAAAAACACAAGUGUUGCAGUUCUGGAAGGUCGAUCAGUGUUUCUGCAAUGUAUUGUUAACAGUAACCCAGCAGGCGACAUUACAUGGAUGGCCAACAGUAAAGUACUUAAUAGCACUAAAUCUGGAAAUAGCCUAUCGCUUCUUAUACAAAACGUUUCAUCCAGUGCUAAUCCAACAUACACAUGUUCAUCAAACAACACCCAUGGAAACAAUAGAGCAGAUGCUCACAUUACCGUGGAUUAUCCCCCAAGAAGACCAGCGAUAUAUGAUUCAAAUGAUAACUCUUUACAAGACAAUUCCACUCAAGAAGUUGUUCAAGGGUCCACUUUGUCCCUGGAAUGCAGAGUUGAAAGUUCUCCAUCUGCCUCAUUUAAAUGGCUCAAACCUAAUAAGACAGUUUCAGAGGGAAUGAAACUAAUUGUAACAAGUCUUUCAGAAAGUGAUUAUGGUUUAUAUAUCUGCAAUGCUACAAAUAAGUAUGGGAACUCAUCCAUCUCCAUCAACAUAAUUCACAAAAACUAUGUUCCUAAAGAAGGAAAUACAGCCUCUAUAAUUGGAGGGAUUUUCGGAGGAGUUCUAAUUUUACUCAUAUUUAUUCUGGCUGUUUUAUUUACCAUCUACAUCUUAAAGAAACGACGAUUUGAUAAGGACAAAAUCGUAAAGAGCCCCCCUGUGGCUGAAGUGAUUUACAACAACACACAGCCUUCAGAACAUACACCUCAGGGAAACCAGACAACCACAGAAGAAUCAUUAUAUGUUAAUUAUGGGCAUGACGUGAACUCUGGAAAUGAAGUGAAUUAUGUGACUAUUGAUUUUUCCAAAUUGAAACCCAAAACACUCCCAGAUGAGCAGGCAAAUGGGGACAUUUUAUAUUCAGAAAUAAUUAGACAUAAAUGACUGUUGGGAUUAACAUAUAUAUUAACAAUAUUAUCUAUAAACUGAUAUCAGAAGAAAAUCAAGUUCCAACAGACUGUGAAGCAGAACAACCAUAAUGUGUUCAUUGCUAUUAUAUCUUGAACAAAUUAUAAAGUCAUGGAGGGCUCAGAUUAGCUGUUGCAGCAUAAAAAUGUAUCAGUUAAAUACAUUGCUAUUACGUUUUCAAGGAACCAUCCUAAUAAGUAUACAUCUUGUUGCUUAUUUUAUAGAGUUUAGGGAACAUAAGAGGACGUUCAAAGGCAAAAUAAUAAAACCAAAACUAGCACGAUCAA